AUUGUCAAAAUAAUUUUAGUUUUCUUGUGAUCAAUUAUAACGGAUGACAUUUAUUUAUUUAUUUCAUAUUUUGCAUUUUGCUGUAGUAUGUGGCCUAACCUUUAGUAACGGUUUAUAUUUCGUGAUAUAUUUUUUAUUUUUUCGAUAAAUUAUGAUUAAUUAUAUCAUAUUUUUAAAAUGUCUCAAGAACAGGAAUCAUUUACCUUAUUACGCCUCUCGGAUGAAAGCGACUCUCUUUCGGAUGUCCCAGAAAUAGUUGUAAAUCCUCGCAAGAAGAAAGUUAGAAGAAAGAGAACUAGUGUAAGCCCUAAAAGUCGGGAAAAAAUUCCAUCUAGUGCAAAUUAUGGUUUACUGCGAAUUGUUGGGAUAUGGACAGGAGCUUCAAUCUUAUUAUGCUGGUUAUCUGUUUUGUCUUGGGUUGCAGUUUUGUUGCAUGGUGAACUUCGGCGUAUAGACAACAGUGUUUUAUCAGUAUCGGCUGGCAGCAAAGGUGUACCCGAAGCUUUACAACAGUGCCAUGAAACGACGCGGAAUCUUGCAGCAAAUCAAACAAUGCUUGCAGGAAAAACGGACGAUUUGUCUGAAAGACUAACGAAUCUAACUCAACAAUUAUUUGCGGUGCAAUCUGAACUGGACGCUAUUAAAUCAAAAUUGAAAUCGUCUCCUGAACUUGUUAAAGUACCUCAACAAUUAAGUGAUCUAUCAAAUAGUGUAGCUCAAUUCGGAUCUCAAAUAAAAGACUUAGAAGCUACUGUAGGCAGCCUUAAAGACCAGGGAAAUCGAAUGCAAACUACAUCAGAUUUGUUAAAAUCGAAUAUAACGACUUUGCAGGCACAAAUGACUAACCAGAGCAAAGCUAACACGGCAGCUUUGCAGUUACCGGAUCAGCGCGAGCAAGCUGCUGCUAGGGAGCAACUAAUGCGUGAUAUAGAAUUAACUAAACAACAACUUAUAUUAGCGAAUACAACUUUAUCUAAGCAAUUACAAUGGACAACUGAUGAACAAAAAUCUAAUAAAGCAAAAAUUGAAAAUUUGCUUGAGAACAAAGUCAAAGUAGACACCGAGAUAGCAACCCUGCAAGAAAGUCAAACAACUUUUGUUAAGAAAAUGGAAAAUCUUGAAAAGUCUGUUGGUAAUCUUUCUCAGAAGUUAAAUGAAACGAAGAGCUCCACCCAACAAAUGGCCACACAAGCAAAGGAAAUGCAAUCACAGAUUAAACUCCUAUCAAAUGAUUCACUUAAUACACCAAAUAAAUUAGAAGCAAUAUUUACCAGUUCUACUUCAACACCAAUUCCUACCAAAGUAACACAAUCUGCUAGUGCUUUAGCAGCUAAUGUGAUAUUUGGCUCAAGUAGUGAAUCACAAACGUCUAAUAAUUAUAGUAAUGUAACACAAGCUUCAUCCAGUGUAGUACCAAUACUUGUAAAGGAAAAUCAGCCAGGGAAACCGAAUGUGUUAAGUGCGAUAAAGGAACAGUAAACAUUCUUUUGAAUGGUAUGACUGUAUUUCUAU